GAGGACGAAGAAGAAGGACGAGGAAAAGAAGAAAUUAGUGUAGCGUAUGUGGCUUUUAGUAACAGUCUGCACAAAAGAGAUUAUCCAAAAUAACCUGUGUUCUUUCUAUAGUUAGGCAUCAGCAAAACCAUUUUACUGCUAUAGUCACAAUGAAAGCUCAUUUCAGGAUAGUCGUAGGAUUCAUUGUGCAUUUAAGUGUGCUUAUCUGUGGCCACACUGAAAAGUUUCCUGUAGCCCUUACAAUUGUAGACGAUGGGACUUUUAAUAAGGCAGAGGAUGCUCAGGAUCCUAAGGAUUUGGAUGUAUUUGAUCCAAGCCCCAAGUGGCAGACUCUCAAACCAGGUCAAACUGUUACAGCAGGUUCUCAUGUCAGGUUGAAUCUUCAGACAGGGCAAAGAGAGGUCAAGCUUGGAGAUGAUGAAUACCUGCCAGAUAGAAAGAGCAUGCAAGGAUUGCGUAACACGCAGACCCCUUUGUUCACAUCUCGUGAGCUAAAACAGGCUCUGAAGAAGUUUAAAGAUGACACUACGAAAAGGAACUCCGAGCAGGGUAAAGAGUCUUCACAACCUCUGGUUCGUUCCAUGGAUGAACUCAAAAGAGACUUGGCCAUGUCAGACUUACUGCUGGAAACAGAUGUCCAGAUUAUGAGUAAACAGUUGUCCAAAUUCAGCAGCACUAACACUACCAUUGACCAGAGGGUUGCUGCUUUACUUGACUUAGAGUACCUUGUUCAUCAGGUGGAUAAUGCACAUAAUCUGGUGUUUAUGGGUGGAAUAGAGCUUUUAAAUGGUGCCUUAAACAAUACAGAUUUUAGACUUCAGGAAAGUGCUGCAUUUGUCCUAGGAUCAGCUGUUUCUAGUAACCCAUCUGUCCAAGAUGUGGCUUUAGAGUCUGGCACUUUACAGAAGCUGCUGACUAUGCUUGCAACCCCACGACCAAUGUCGGUUAAGAAAAAGGUGUUAUUUGCAGUGGCAAGCCUUUUACGUCACUUCCCUCCUGCUCAAAGUCAAUUUGUGAAGCUCGGUGGAUUGCAGCUGCUAGUUGAACUUUUCCAGGCACAGGGAGCCGAAGUUCUUCGUGUGAGGAUUAUCACAUUGCUCAGUGACCUGAUUACUGAACAGGAUAUGAUCUCCCAAACUGGUAUAGAUCCUCCCUCAACUCAACAGGAACAUUUCCAGCAAUAUAGUGACAUCCCACUGUUCCCCAUGCUUGUAGAGCAGGGGUGGUGUAGCCUGGUGCCAGAAAUUCUGGGCUGUCCCAAUCAUGACUGGAGGGAGAAGACUUUGCAGGCUCUCCUGGCCUUGAUGCCCCACUGUCAGACUCUGUAUCUGCAGAACCCUACUCUGAGCACAUCUCUUGGUUUUCUGCAGAAGCAAUACCAGGAGCUAGCCUUUGGAGAGAGAACCCUAGGAGAGGAUGAUGGAUACUUUGGUGAGAUUUUGGUUCUGGUGGAAUCUGUAAUGGUGAAAAUUCAAUAAAAUAUUCUUGUGUGUAUGGG